CGGGAAUCGGCGGCAGGGUGACAGUCGCCGCCCUCUGCCAGCGCGCUCCGGUCAGGUGGCGACGCGGAGCCCACGCGACCCGAGGGCCAGCGCGUCUGCCCGGCGACCCGACGGGCCCAGCUUCUGGCUCCCGGCGAAGCACCUGUGGACCUCGGCGGUGGAUGUUUAUCGUCGAUUGCUAUUGCGCAGCUCUCUUCGCGACUUAUUAACAUUUUACGGUGCGGUAGGUGAAUGUCGUCUACCAUGGAGCCCAUCGCGUUUCUGUUCUUGCUGUUGAGGCUCGUCGCCGCCUAUCCUAAUCAACAUCUUGCCAAAAUUUCGGAGGUAACUACAACUCAGGACACCUCGGCAUCACAAGAUCAAGAAACGUCUCGGUCAUCGCCUCAUGAAGUGUAUGGUUCUGCGUGGCCAACGAAAUAUGAAAAUAUGUCUACAAACACUGUGGAUUACCUAGACUCUGACAACCGUACAGCCGUAAAUGAUUUUUCGCUUCAAGAAGAAACUAUUAUCAACAACGUGUCGGAAAUAGCUUACUAUAACGUUACAUCGACUUCAGAAGACAAAAUAAACGCAACAGUUUCAGAUGAAUUGCAAUAUGAAGCAAUUCCAAUAUCAGCAAGUUCUCCCAAGGAAGUAACAACUGAUCAUUCUACAGAAAUUUGGAAUGAGUUUACCAAUGUACCAUACGAUAAGACCAAGGAUGAAUAUUCAUCAACUAUGGAUUCAUCCACAACUCUUCAGUCUCCGAAAGUUCAUGACAAAGAUCAGAGCUUAAACAGUUAUGAUUCGCCAGCUAAAUUAAAACAUUCCUUUGAUGAAGAUGAACGUGUUGGAGUACGUAAGUUAUUUUCCCUUGACUUGCAACUAGAGGAAGAUCCUGAUAUUUUUUCGGAAGAAAACUUGAAAGCCCCUUGCGAUCAAACACCCAGCGAAUCUCCAACUUCUCUGCGUCGACUACGAAGAAACCAAGUGAAUAAAGAUGCGUCAGACGUUUAUGAAGACGCCUCUGACGGAAAAUCUGAUCUCGAGAAAGAAGCUCCAGAGAGAAAAUCUAGAAUUAGUCGCAGAACCACAGAGAACGAUGGUAUCCAUAAAAUCACUGUCCCUGAAGAGGAAAUUAUUGCUGAUUUUGCUGACGACUCCGAAGAAGGCCCCUCUAUAGCAGAACUAAUAAAUGUAUCUGCUCUCAACAAUUUUCUCAAUUCCGCGGCCGAUCCAGUGAGUGAACACAAGCCUCAUUCCAGUGAUCAACACAACCACAAACAAAGGAAGCAUCAUCGAUACAAUAUUGAAACUAACAUGCCAAAAAAACCCAACGUGGAAUUUCAAUUCGAUGAAGAAGAUAACUACUCCAACAGAUUACCACUGCAAGAUAAUUUACCUAUCCGAGCUGAUGAACCUGGAAACUACACGACACCUUCGUUUGAUCUGGCGAUAAGCAACCGGAAACGUGACUGGUGCUUCUCAACACUAAUGAAUAUUACAGUGGAGGCGCCAGGCUGCAUACCGAAAGUUAUAAGAAGCAAGUACUGCGUCGGACAAUGUAAGUCAUACUUCAUUCCUCAGGACCCUGUCCCAGUAGAGUACAGCCCUGAAAGUUCUUCCAAUAAAGCAUUGGAAGUCACCAUGUUUCAAAGAAUGCACGCUUCAGAAGCAUCUUUCAGUUCUUGUGGAUCGUGCCAGCCGUUCAAGUUCAUGUGGAGAAGAAUAACUCUGAAAUGUCCUGGCAGAAUUAGAAAAACCCAGCAAAUGCGUGUCAUGCGCAUAAAAAAGUGCAGAUGUGUGGCAUCUACCUGCAAUUAAAGCUUACCAACUUCUUUAAGAUAUGGUGCUAAUAAUACAAUUGUGAGAUGCCAAUACUUAUCUUCAUAUUUAUGUUUGUACUUCGUGUGAAUAAUAACUUUGGUAUAUGUACUGCUACAAAAUUAGGGGAACAUUGUUAAUAAUAAAGCACUUAUUUACACAAAACGUUUAUGAAAUGAUGCCAGUAAAUAAUAAGAACAAGUAAUAUUUUAUUUAUUGUUUUAACGUACACAUGUCAGAUCAUCAAUUAUAUUUAUUAUUUGUGUAUAUUAUCUGUUCCUCUAAUUACGUUUAGCAGUUAAAUUUGACCAAUAUCUCUGAGGUCGAUAAAAAGUUUGAUUUAUUACGUGAUGAUAGUUAACAUCACUAAGAUAUACAUAUGUAAAGAAAUCAAUGUUUUGUGUCCGCUUAUCACAGUUUCCUUUGGUUCACAGCUAAAAAGCUCUGAACGCUUUCACCGAAAUAUAUUUUCAUGUAGGUUAUGUAGUACCGAUUACCUCUACUGUAUUUAUGUUGUAUCAUUGUCGUGUAUCUAUAUUGUAAAGAUUGUAUGUGCAAAGUGCCUAAAUCCAUAUUUUGAGAUUUUAUGUAAGAAAAGGAAGAUUGUGUUGAUCUGUUGCUGGAUUGCAAUGGAUUGGCGAAUGUGAAGACUGAAUGUAAAGAAACAAUUUAUUAAUUAAAGCAUCGCAUGUGAAUAGCAAUGGUCAUGCUUCUUUCUAUAUACAGAGAAUAAGUAAACGAAAUCACAGCUACUAUUCACGCAAGUGUGUGACCUACACAUACUAUGUUAUGUGAUAUGCACAAAGACUACUUCUCAAGUAGAUUCAUUUAGUCUGGUCAGCACUGAAGUUAGCUGUGCUUUUUAAGGCUAGAAACCGAAUUACAAGAGUAAGGGCGUGAUGCUACUGUUCCAAGCAGUCUGCCACAUUUUACUAAUAAGUUAAGCAAAACGUACUUAAAGAGUAUAUUGUUCUGGAAAGAGUGGACUAUAUUCCAAUACAUUCUAUCCCAGCAUUUCGCAAUAACGUCAUGAUUUUUAUCACAUUUCAUUUAAUGGUGCUUCAUGUUUUAGAGCAAGAAAGUGUAUUAUCCUUUCAUCACAGUAGACAAGGAUUAUUAUGAAAUAAUAAACGCACUUUCGGAAAACAAACAUUCAAUAGUUUUCCAUAUUACACAAACAUAUGAAUUGAAAAUGUUAACUCGUUGCGGCCUUUCUCUAAUGCAUUAAAAUAACUGUUCAUUAAACCCUAUAAGGGUGUCAAGUAUAAUGAUAAUAUUGUUGCGUAUUAAUUAUGUUACCAGAAUCGUUGAAUCAUUUCUUUGCUACCAUAUUCAAUUUUUAUCAUCGUCUUUUUCACAGCAGUAUUAUCAUUGAGUGUUAAAGUUUCCUUAUACAAUCAAUAAUCGCAAGAUCUACUGUCAGAAUUAAAAUUUAAAGAAGAGGACAAUCACACAUCUGGAUUAUACUAAGAAUUGUGAUCAAACUUAAAUAUUUCUAUUUGUUGAUUGUAUAGUAUUUUGCAACUUAUGUUAUGAUUAAAAGAUGUCCGCACUGUCAGUGUACAAAUAGAUAAUGCUAUUUUGAUCACAAUUCAAGUACGAGAAUUUCGAUAUGUUUUGUAUGAAGUGUAAUGCUCUUCAAUUUAAAUGUAUGUAAUUUAUGUCUAAUGUAAUAAAUAUUCCUCGGAAAAACA